GCCAGCCCCACCUACAAAGGCUCCGUUGGCAAUCCUGUGAAAAUGCGCAACACACUAACGAUCUCAUCUCCUGCUCUCUCGCUCUGUCUCGUCCUGCCAAUCUUCCAAUAGAUUUCGACGAGUCUAGCUAUCGCGAGGAGCAUCAUUUUGCUGUCCCUGGGUCUGGGCGUCUUUGGCCUGCUUUUCAGGCUCCAUUCGUCGCCUCGCCCAGUUUCUACCUAUUGCCUGGCUGCUUCCUUCCU